CCCUCGUGGGAACAGCAACCUCUCUUUCCUUCAGCCCUCCUUCUCACCCAUUAAGGUGAGGCAAGCAUGGACUUUUCUACACAGUUGGAGUCUCUUCAGCAGACCCUUAGCAGCGACAUCCUCGCCCAUGGGCCAUAUCACGGAAGCACUACACGAUUCCUCGUCCACUGACCGCAUCAAAGACCUAACCCGCCCGGCAUUACAUUUACAAUUCGAGCUGUUCCUGGAGGAAGCCGAUGAGCUCGGAAACGACGCCCGGCGGCUGCAGGAUAGGGUCUUGCGGCGCCCGCUUUUGUUCACUUUCCCAAGUGAGCAAAGCUCGUACGACGACGCUGUCGCCACUCUGCGGGAAGCGUCCCUGGAUAAGCUUGUCGUGGGCAUCUGGGAGCAGAUACACGGCGGCAUCGACCUCGACCUGCGGAGAAUUCUGGAGCAGUGGCGGGCCGCCCCGUUGGCCGCAAACACCUCCAACGCUGCGACUACCCACGACGCAACGAGCGCAGCGGCUCAGUCUCCUCAUAUAUUUAGAUUGGGUGGUCACUUGCCUGCUAUGGCCGACCCUGCGCCGUUCAACCAGAGCAAUUUCUUCUGCCGCAAAGUCGAGCUCUUCGAGUCCUACGUCAGCCUUAUCACAGCCUCUAAUCUAUCUAUGAUGACAAAGAAGUGCCGCAGGGCGGCCUUGAUGGAGGCGAAGAUCAAGGAUGCCGGGGGCUGGGUCGUCCUCGUGAUUGCCGGCAUGGUUAUCUACCACUUCUGCAAGUACCGUAUCGGCUUCGACGCCAAGAGUAUGCAGAUGCUGCGGUCGCUGCGCUCGAGGAUGGAGGUGGCGGCCGACACACUGCAUCCAAACUGGCGCCAACUGCUAGCCAUCCCAGUGCCGCUUCGCUCUCCCUACAUCUACAUCGACCGCGACCCACUGUUUAACUUCGAACACCUCAACGAGUCCAUCAUCAACGUCCGCGCCUGGUACGACGACGAUCCACGGUGGGUGCCACCACGGAUCACAAUAUUCAAAACCGCCGGCGGGUUUAGCUGCCGUAGCUACGGCCGGGAGCAGUUCGACGACCCUAAGGCCAACGCCUGCUACUAUUUCCCCUCCCUGUUCGGCUCUCCGUCCCGAAAAGCACCGCCCGUACAGGUCUUCCGGACAGCCAACGGACGCAACAAUAGGCUGCAGGCGCUGGUCUCAUUCGACCGUGGCGCCGCCGUCAGCGAGUUUGUCGGGCUGGUCACCAAGGACCUGCAGGACAUGGACGUACUGAGCAGCCGCGGCUACCAGAUCUGGCAGGGCCGGCAGGACAACUACAAGCGCUUUGUGAACCACAGCUGCCGCCGCAACGCACAGCUGCAGACCUUUGUGUGA